CUGCAAAGUCAUCAUCGAUUCCGCAUAAUCAACGCACACUCGAGCUAGUCAUCGUGUUUGCGAUAUGAGCAAACGUGCGGCAGCGCCGACUUCGGCAGCACCUCCGUUGCCUCCCGGGCCGCAGCCGACGCCGGACCAGCAGGCUGUCAUUAACGCAGCGUGGCAGACUUAUUAUGCACAGAAUGGUGUAGCUCCAGCGACACCAUCGACCGCGGGAGCCUCUCAACCCAACGCUGCUCAGUAUGCGAAUUACGGGUAUGGGGCCGGGGCGCCUAUCAGUAACAUGGCAGCUACACCAGCGAGCGCUACGUUCCCACCAUCAGCUGGUAUGCAACAGGCGUAUCCUGCUCAGUAUAUGGUCCCUCAACAACCGUACGCCGGCUCGCCAGCCGGGUAUAUGCCUCAACAACCUCCCCAAGUCAUGCAAUACCCUCAUCAUCCUGCCCCGAUGUACGCACAACCUCAGCCCCAGAUGAUGCCCAUGCAGCCGGUCAUGGCUAUGGGUCCUGGACAACCUCAAGGGAUGAUGAUGCCCCAACAACCUCAACAGUGGGGUCAGCAUCCGCAACAGCAUCAGCCUCAGGGACCUCAACCGAGGCAAGGUGGUGGAUUCCGACCGAGACCUGGACCUGGACCUGGCGGGCAAGGUCAACCCAGACCUGGGUUUGCGGGGCCGGGACCGAUGAAUCCCGGCGGUGGUUUGGGUAUCGCUCAACCUAUGGCUCAGGCUCAACAGCCUCCACCUGGACAACAACAACCACAACCUCAAGCGGGGACAUCACAACCCGGUCCUCAACCCCAGACCUUCCGACCUACCCCUGGAGGAGGACAUUCUUCCCUUCCACGAGCUCCUUCCGGGAUCCCGACGAACCCUACUUUGAGGAACCGACCUGCUCACCCGUCGCUUCCACCCGGACCUGGACCUUCUGCUCAUCAUCAGCACCAACAUCCGCAGCAACAAGGUCCUCCGGCCAAACGACCCCGAACGGACGGUCCUUCUUCUGCCUACUCGCCUACACCGUCUAUGCGAUCUGUUGGUCCUGGUUCCGGACCAGGAGGAGCCGGACCCUCGGGACCUAGGGAUUUCGGAGGGAGGAGGGAUCAUGACGAUCAUCGGUACCGAGAUCGAAGGGACUAUGACCGGGAUCGCGAUCGAGAUCGGGAUCGUGAUAGGGAGAGGGACAGAGACAGGGAUAGAGACAGGGACAGGUUUGAGCGGAGGAGCGACUUCGGCGGGUCUCAGGAUGGUGGAUCUGGAGGUUAUCGUUCGGGGUUCCCGAUCGGUGGUGGCGGGCGUGGACGAGGCGGUCGGGGUGGCCUGAUGCCAAGGGAUAGGAGAGAUGGUCCAGGUCCGAGUGGGAGUGGUGGCGGUUCGAUAGCUGGGUCGUCGGAUUCGAGAUUCGCAGCCGGUGGUGCUGGUGCUGGUCGUGGAGGUCUGCGAGGUCGUGGUGUAGGAGGACCCGGUCGAGGAGGUGAUCCGGUCGUCGGCUCGAGAUUUGUUUCGGGUAACGGAGUCGCUGGAGCUCCGAAGGGUCCUAGCGGCCGAGGCACGGGGAUCCGAGGUCGAGGUGGUAACCUCUCGACGCGUGCGGGCGCUCGGGUGGUGGGCACUCGGAAUGUCCCCGUGGGUAAUACUAGCAUCAACAAACCCGGUUCGAACAAGGAUGGCACGGGCAAGAACGUCGUAGUAGAUACCGAGCGGGAAAAGGUAGCUAAAGAGGAGGCUCGGAAACGGACAUUGACGGAUUUCAGGAUCGUCGGACUGGAGAUCAAGUCGUUGGGAUGGAAGUGGGGCGUUGUCAGACCCGAUGCGGCCGAGGACGACGAGGACGAGGAAGAGGAGGCUGAUGAUGAGGCUGUUGUCGAGGGAGAUCAGCAGGCGGAACAGAAUGAGACUGAUCAGCUUCGUAAUGGGAUUGCCGAGGAGGAUGCUGUCGAGCGGGAUGUCAAGGCCGAACCGACUGACCCAUCGGACAUUCAGGUCGAGGUCGAGGUGAAAGUCGAGCAAGUACCCUCCGAGGCUACACAGGCAGCGCCGGUAGAGGCACAUGACAAAGAGGCCACAAACGAGGUUGAAGGAAUAUCUGCAGAGACUACCGACGCCGAGGUCGUCAAGGAAGAAUCAGACGAGCCUCAAGAAAUCAAGGACAAGGCGGACGUUUCCACCGUCGCAGCUGGUGUUGCAGGGUCGACCGUCGAGGGCAAACGUGGUGAAAAGAGAAAGGCCAAGAUGAGCAGUCCAGAUGCAGACGACGACGCGCUGAUCAUGUCCAAGAAACGCACUACCCACGGACCCAUCAUCCGCAAAGAGACCGUGGCGCCAUCAUCGUCUUCAUCACCGGAAAAGAACCGGUUCAGGAUCUACUUUGCUAGUCCUGUCGAAGACGCUGACGGUCCCAGUCUCAAGGCAUUGCAUGCGAUGGAGACUGUCGACGAGGACAAUGCUGAAGAGGAGCAGCGCGAUGAGAGUGAGGAAGAGGCAGAUGAUGACGAGGAGGAGGAGGAGCACCAGGCGGAGGAGGAAGACGAAGAACAUGAUGGCGAAGGGGACGAGGAGGGUCAGGAAGAGUAUUACGAGGCCGAAGGUCAAGACGGCGGUGAAGCCCAGGAUGAAGAGCAAGACCGAGAUCAAGCCGAUGAACAGCAGAAGGCUGACGAGGUCGAGGCCAAGGCCGAUUCCGCCGCCGAAAACCAGGCUGAGGGCGAUAUGAGCGGGGUCGUCGAAGAGGAAGAAGAAAACGAAGAGAACAAGCCGGCUGACGAGUCCGGCGUAGAACCCGGCGAGAUCGCAGAAACACCGUUGGAUGCAGAAGAGACGAAAGAGCAGGAUGUUACGAUGCGAGACCCUUCUGUACCUGUCCAGGUCGAGUCCGACUCUACUGCUGUGGUUAAGGACGACACGCCGGCUGAAAAGGCCGUCGAGUCUACCGAAGCUGUAAGCGCUUCACCUGCCGAUCCACCAGCACCAGCACCAGCGCCCGCGGAGGCCGAGUCGUCGAAACCGACCGAGCCUGCUGCCGACACCCCUGCCGAAUCCUCUUCCCGCGUACCUUCACCUACCAAGAAAGACCGUCAGAAACCACCUGUCGUCGCCCCCUUGGCGCCUCGGGAACCCUCGAGCCACCGAAUCGCCGAUGCCCGAUUCCGCCGCAGUCCUUCCUUGCCCGCCACCUCGAGUGACACUCCUCGACCGGAAUCCAACCGACUCUCCAUCCUGUACGCCAACGGGAAACGCAGGAUCUGUCUCGACUCCGCCAUCGUGGAGAGCGUCAAGAUCCACCGUAAAAAGGGGAGCAUCCAGGUUACUCUAGACGCUGGGGCCGUGAAACGCAAGUGGGAGCAGGAUAAACAGGUGGAGCAGAUCGUCAAGCGAAUCAAAGAGACCGAGGUCGCCGAUGACGAGGUUGGCGAGAAGGAAAAGAAGGAGAAAGAUGAUGGGGAGAUCGAGGUCGACGGUAAAAGUAAAGGCGACGAAAAGAAGGAGAAGGACGCGGUAACGAAAGAGGAUGUCAAACCGGAAGAGUGGAGUCUGACCAAAGGUAUCCUCGUCGAAGCGCUGGACGAGGAACACAACGUCUUUGGCCCAGUAAACGCCGAGACCUUGGCCAACAUCUGGGCCUCGAUGGACGUGUCGGCCGAGGAAGAAAAAAGUCCUCCUCUUCAUCGAUUGCUGGAAGAGCUUCAGUCCGGUACUCUCGGUGCCAGCAAGGAUGGUGAGGCCAACGGAACCGACGAUCAGACUGAGAACGAGGCUGGACCCGAUGGAGAGAACCCCGAUCAAAGCUCGCUCAAGCUCGAACUGACUGCCUACCUCGACAUGGACCGACCGUUGACCGAGCCUAAGUGGGUCAAGAGCGGGCACGUCGAGGAUUGGGUCAAGGGCGGUCAUCCUCACCAUCAUCAUCACCCGGCGGCGAAGGCUGGGAGAGGGUCUGAUGAGCCCGAUGAUGCGAGUUGGAGGAUGAAGUUGAAGGUCAUCGAUCCGGAUAUGCCACCUACCCUCGGUAGCGUCCUCGAAAACUGGGCGUUGGUCUCCAAAGUCGGGACCCUCAAGGACCGCCGCCGAUUCGCCAACGGCCACCUGACGAGCCUCAACAACAUGGUCCAGAUCCUCCUCCGCGCCGUUCGUGGAGAAUCCACCCCUCCCCUCACCCGGACCGCUCGAGCGUCUCUGCACGGACCCUUGAAGAACGCCAUUUCCCCCAAAGAUUUCUACUAUACCCGUCAAUCUCACACCUCGUUGGCGGUCAUGGCGAUAGUCAACCUCGUCAAGGAUUAUUCCUUCGGGAGCAAGGAGGCUAGGAAUGUCUUGGAGGACAAGAUCGGGAACGUGAUCAAGUCGAUGCCGCAUUCAAUCAUCUUUGCCUCGGUGGACGAUCUGUAUACAGACUGGGUCACGCAGGAGCCGAGAGGUGCGCCUGUAGGGCCCAGAGGGGCGUGAAGAGAGUAGACGGGUAGGUGUGGAAUGAUGGGUAAGUGAGCGAGUGUAUGGGAGUGUUGUCGAUUAGAUCGUUAUACGUAUACCUGUGAUUGUGAUCGUGUUCUGGAUAUUACUACUGUACAUGUGAAUAUACUCUCAAUUAUGCCGCCUUGCUCGAUCUCGCUGCGCGCUCUACUUGCUUGAACCGAACCUUGAUCUAUACGAUCUGUAGAUUGCUGUGAGUUGAAUGUUGGAAUCAGAUGGUAUAUGAGAUAUAGGAGGAUGUGUGGGAUAGGAGGAGGGAGGUCGCUUUUGCGCGACGCGACUGACUUCUGACGUGACGCGAUCUUUGAGAGAGAGAGCAAGACGCGACGCUAAGGGGGGGGGCAUGCUGAG